CAGAUACUAUCAAACAGUAAAACAGACCUGUUAUCAAUUCUCCCCAAAACACCCCAAGUUGGGGCUGAACACUCAGUAGACAGUAACACAGCCAGGAAGCGAAUAAUGGACAUUCUGAAGAAAUAUCCUAAGGAGACCAUUUCUGAUCUCAACAAGUCAAAGAAGCUGAAGCUCGAAAUAAAGCGGAGUGCAGCCGAGAAAACCCCCCUUCACGAGGAUGUGAUGUUGCUGAAGAAGUUGGUGAUUAGUGACGUCACAGGCUAUACACACCACACUCUCGGGUUGUUUGUUACGGUACCUAUAUGGUUAGAAGGACUGUACUUGUUCUUAACUAAAAGUGAUCACGAUCUCUCGCCCUUGUGUCAAUCCAGAGGUCUUAGAAUGCCGAAAGUAAAGAAGAUGACACAAGUGCUUCUCAGUGGCGAGCUGCCCGAAACCCUAGUUCAGUGUUUAGUUGACCACGGUCUGAAUUGUCCUAAAUAUAUGAACUUGUCUUUUCAGACUCUAACGUCUUGGGCAAAACACUUAGAUAAGAGAGUAGAAAUCAAGCAACCUAAAAUGCUGACACAAACUCCUCAAAAGUCUUCCGACAUCUCCACCUCUGAUGAGGUUAAAAUCAAAGAGGAGCCUGUUGAUUCAGUUUCGGGAACAACUAAUCAUCCUGUGGAUCAGACUGCCAGGCCCAGUGGAAGUUGUGAAUUGGACGAUUCCCCGAUGAUAUCUGUUUCAAAAGAAGUAGAUACAACAAAAGAUGGAAGUAAAGUCGAAACAGAAAUUGACGUUUCUGAAGAGUUGCAAUCAGCUUCACACGCAGCACAGGAUCAAACGCCAGCUGAAUCCGAUGAUAAAGUUUUAACCGGGAAAAGAGCUGAAAACCCAACUGAAAAGGACAAUACAAUUGUGAAGAAAGAAACAGAGUCAAGCAGUGGUUCCAUAGCUGGAGCAGUAUCAGAAGUUUUAAACGUCACUGAUCUUGAAUCAGAAGAUACUGAUAGCGUGAAAACCAAGGAUGACAUGGAUGCCAAACCAGCGGAGGAAACUGAAAAGCGGGGUAGAAGAUACAAAGGGUCGGUCGGUAAACGCGGAAAAUCCCAGCCAAAGAAACAGGCAAAAAAGGAGGAGCAGACUUUUAACAAGUUGGAUGGUGGCUUAGUCACAAUACUUUGGAGAGAAGCCAGUAUGGAUCAAGUUUGGACGGAAGGAUACUUUAUACCAACUACCCACUACGGUUCUAGCUGCCCUGAGCUCUGUUAUUUAUGUGGCAGUUCGGGAUUGGGCGGAUUUAUAUUCUGUUCUGCUUGUGCGGAACCUUUUCACAAAUACUGUGUUGACAUUGAGGAUGACGAAGUGAUAUCAGCUGACUGGAAGUGUGAGCGGUGUAUAAUGUGCCACGUGUGCAGUAAAAACACCGAGGAAAUGUUGUUAAAGUGCUGUGAGUGCUACCACACCUACCAUGCAUCCUGUCUCCCUUCUGACAUCUGCAAAGUUCCCAGUAAGAACGGAAUUUGGAAGUGUCCAGUUUGCCUCUUCUGUAGGAAGUGUGGAACUAAGGGUAACAGUGAAACAAAAUGGCUGUAUGAUUUCUCAGUGUGUAAACCGUGUGGAAAGCUUUACAGUAAAGGUAACUACUGUCCCUGUGUGAAGCGGUGUAUGAGGAUGAAGAUUACGACACUCCCAUGGUUUCGUGUGUGAGCUGUGAACACUGGGUACACAUCGAGUGUGAUAACAUAUCGGAGCUAGAGUAUGAAGCAAUGAGUAACCUGCCUGAAGACAGGGUCGUGUACGUGUGUAGACGGUGUUGCAGGGAUAACGUGUGGAGACAGGAAAUGAUGCAGUGCGUACAAGAAAACCUCGCUCACUGCCUGGAAGCUAUGCAGGGAGUGGUAGACCACUCCAAAAUACGACUGCACAAGUACACUACAGUACGUAGCAUCAGAAUGUUUGAGAAUGAUGUGUUUGGGUACAUUGCGUCAACUCCUGGUGCUGUGGGGACCUUUAGAGCAGUCCUUAACGAGUGUUUCCCCUGGCUAUCCAAAGUAAAAAAGGGACAAUUUGACGUAAAAACACCUGUCAAAACACCCAAGAAGAUUCACUGGUUCAACAAGACCUCAACACGACACAAAGAACCACAGAAGUACGAGACUUCUACUUUCGUUGAGAAGGAUUGUAGAACUUGCGUCUUGUGCAAUCAGAAAGGUGAUUUGCCGGAGAAAAGUUGUGGUAGACUGUUGGCUUGUGGAGUAGACAACUGGAUUCACGUUAACUGCGCCCUGUGGAGCUCAGAGGUAUUUGAAGAAUCAGACGGUAAGUUAAUGAACGUGGAGAUGGCAGUAAACCGUGGCUCUUCUCUGAGAUGUGAUCACUGUCGUAUCUACAAUGCUACUGUGGGUUGUUGUGAUAAGGCGUGUCCUAGAUCCUUCCAUUUCAACUGUGGCAUAAAAUCAGGAGCAGUUUUCCUGUCUGACAAGCGAUUGUUCUGUAAGCUCCACAAAGAGAAACACCGUAAACCACAUUGGGACCACAUGGUCCAACACGACUUUACUAUAAGCCGGAGAAUCUACAUAGAUCCCUCUAAAAUUGGGAACACUAAAAGGAACACGCGUCCUAUGAACAGUUCAUCCCUUAUCUCAUAUGUUGGGGCAUCUCGCAUAACCAGAUUAGGGGACAUAAUGAACAUAUCAGACGACCCUGACACAUUAGUUCCUAUCGGAUACUCACUGGAGAGAUUAUUCUGGAGCUUUAGAGACCCCUCCUAUCGCUGCAGAUACAGGUGUACGGUCGUGAAGCAGAUUCCAGAGAAUCCUGACGUGUUUUUCACCGACUUGUCGGACGAGCUUCUCUCUCUGGACAUGCCUUUUACAGACUGGGUGGAACGGAGCUCGGGCACGUUUAAGCCAGGGGGAGAGGUAGUGUUCGAGCUAACUUUAACUAUCCAGAAACCUAAGCUCAACUCUUUUAACAGCGACUCUUUUGCGGGAGAGAAGUCAAGGAUAGCUACGCCCAACAAAGUGAAACCAGUGAAAACACCAGUGAAAGUCAGGGCUCAGAUCCGCCAACCACGUGAUGAACCGGUUAUACAUCUGGAUGGGGUGAAGGUUAAGAAGAGCAAAAACAGGAAGCCUCGAGACAAUCAGGGGAUGCGUUUAGACCGACCUGAAGCUAAGAAUGAAGAUGAGAGGCACAGGAUAAAGAGGGUACACAAGAAAGCAGAUGCAAAUAGCAUCAUAGCUCGCAAGGUACGAGCGGAACAAAACAUCGCUGCGCGUCAAGAACAACGCAACACUGAGCUUCAGCGUGCGCGCCAAGCUGCGCUGGAGCUACAGAAACUGCGACUGCAGCAGGAGACCAUGUUGAAAGUGAGGAGAUAUGCUCGGCUGGAUCACAUGUACUGUGUAGCUCACAAACACAUGGAGACGCCUGUAGUCCACGAGUACGAGGAGCAUAUUGAAGCGAUAAAAGUGAGACCAGGGUAUUACAUUGACUGUAUAUCAGCUAAUGAAGGUAUAAAAUCACUCCUACAAAGAGUGGGCGGUGACGACUCCCUCCGAUGUUGUGGAAUACCUUACAUCGAUCCGAAAGUGGUGUUUAUGUUUGAGGAUGCUGCAGGAAAGAGGUGCAUCAAAAUGGCACCUCCGGUAGCACCUAAACGAUCUCCAGACCACGAGUUUGAUGCUGAAAUGCCCACAAGAGGAAAGAAAGUGAAGUCUGUUCUCUACAAAUACAACAAAAAGAAAAAGGUGCCCGGAUCUGCUGCAUUCCUACACAGGAAACCUCACAGACAUGACAUUAAACACAGCCAACAGAGUGCCUCCCUGUACAAUAAUAAUCAGUUUAAGAGUCGAGUGAUGCAACAGAUAAAAGCUUACCAUGUUUCAUCUGUUGACCAAAAAUCUGCCGAGUACAACAAGAAACCAGGGAGUGUCUCAUUCCACCGAGUUAUCACCCAGCUACCCACCACCAAACAGAUUAGUCCCAGCAAGUACAAGAGUACAGACGGACAACCUGUCCCGAUCCUGCAGUACACCGGCCAGCCCCAACAUGAACAUGCCGGACAACAUGCCGGACAACAUGCCGGACAACAUGCGGCUCAGUAUGGAGGACAGUCUCAGAGUGGUUCUAGUGUGCUACCGGGGAGUAAUGUGAGGGUAUUCAGUGGGAAUUCCAAACACUUUAGAGUGCUGGGAAGUCAAAAGAAGAGUAUAAGUCCCAAGGAGAAACCCAUAUUUCCAAGCGAGUCUCCCAGGCUAGUUCUGCCCUACGUGUCCGACUUUCCUAAGUUCCCUACUAACCGGACUGUCUCCGGAGAAACACUCACCAGACCACAUACCUCUCAUUCCGGACAACAUUCCGGACAACAUUCCGGACCACAUUCCGGACCACAUUCCGGGAUGAUAAUCUCUCCUGCUAAGCAGAUGGUUCCAGCUAGUGCAGCUCUUGAAAACAUAGCUAAACGAGAUGAGCAUAACUUCACAGACCCAAAAUCACCACACCAAGAAGACCCCACCCGGAUAUCUGAUAUCUCUUCUAGAUCCACUACACACGUCCACCCUGAGAUCACAACUAAUGUUCCCUCUCAUGAGGGGCAGGGUGGAGAGCACUCACUAUCAGUUGAACCGCUGACACAAUCUGAGAAAGUUUUAGUCGGUCUUACUGCCUCCUUUAAUAAAUCAGAAAAACGUUCUGUGACGUCAGUGUCAAGCCAAAUAACGUCAUCGGGAAACCAAAUGAGUUCAUCUUCAAAUCACGUGACGCCAUCUUCAAAUCACGUGACGUCAUCACCUACCCACAAAACAUCAUCAACAAGAAUUCAUGCACCAUCUGUGUCCUUAUUACCAAGGCUACCUCCUUUUCCUAGUAUUCUUUCUGGCAUGAAAAUUCCUGAAAAAUCCGACAUUGUUGCCGUUCCAAUAGGGGACAUUCUACGAAAUCCUGACUAUCAAUAUUGGGAGAGUCUGAUAAAUAGACCCAAAUUGGUGACAUGUGACCGUCUAACCAAUGAUAACGAUAAAAGGGUUACAACAGAUAGACCGGUGACUACUACGGUAAAUGAGCCUAAACGACACGGACUAGAGGACACAUCUGAAGCAGAAGGUACAAUGCAAACGAGCAGCAUUGUUAUCAAGAACAUGGCCACCUCAACCCACCCUCCUGCUGGACAUUCUUUAAAGAACAGUAGUGGUAAGGUCAUGUGUGUUGGUAGUCGGGGUACCUCUCCUGCUGCUAAAGAAACAGCCAUAGCCAGACCUUUCACCAGCAGUCCUGUCCGCAAGAAACCACGCAACGAGUUUGAUGUGUUUGAGUUUGAUUCAGAAGCAGCGGAACACGAGGAUAAGUGGAAGUGUUCCUCCGAUCACUACAACGUUUUAAAGCAGCGCGAGAAGAAGUACAAGAAGAAGUCAGAAGAUGAGAGUAGCAGGACCUCCAGUUCCUCCAGCGUCUCUCUCAAGUUGUCCAGUUCUACCAAACCAUCCUGGGUUGUAGUAGAGGCAUUGAAAAACAAGAAAUAUGAGAAGAUAGAUGUAAAUUCCUGGCUCACCGAAAGAGAACAAGACCAACGAGCGCAUAAACUUGAACAACGUGGCCAAGAAAGCGAGACUCCUCACACUGUCUCCGAGCAGACAGGGUUUCCUUACAACUCCAAGUCAGGGGAAGGUGCUAUACAUAUUACUGGACCGAUACUGACCGGACCACCAGAGCAGUACAGACUCUUUGCUGCUCAACCUGGUAACCCUGGUAACCCUGGUAACCGUGCUUCUCAGCCGGACCAUAAGUACCCUCGUGAAGCUCCUGGUGAUAUCGAGCCAAUUCCCAAGCAAACUUCAAGAGAUUUCCUCCUCGGUGAAUUUGACGCUGCUCUUAAGAAAAUGGAACGAGCGAAAGUACCGGAAUCUCUAACAAUCAAGGAUGAAGAUGAAGAGGAUAAGGAAGAUCCCCGACCAAUGGUUAUCUCUCCGACUCUUCUAACUUCCAACAAGAUCAUGGAGAGAUCAAUUCCAAAACCACCUCCAUCAAAACCCAUCAUCCUCUCCAGAGCAAGUCUCACCAGUAAGGUAGAAGAGAAGGUGUCUCAGCAGGUGAAGAUAUCACAACAUUCCACCCCUGAUAAACUAUUCCCAGGAGUGGGAAAUGCUGUUACUAUUUACCGCUCUAAGAGAGUCAAGCAUGUUGACAAAGGUCCGGUUGGAGGCGGAAAGGUUUUUGUUUCCAGUGGCCUCGAGACAGUUCAACCUGCGAAACCUAAACUUAGAGUGACCGAAACAGCUUCUAGAGUUUUCCAUUCUGUUGAGAAUUCCAGAAAUGUUACAGCUCAGGUUCGGUCAACCGUUGAUAUUCAGGCUCGGUCAACAGUUGAUGACCACUUGGACGAAAUCUUUCCUCCGGAGUAUAAUGCUGGCAAAAAAGUUUCAGAAGCCAAAAAAAAGUACAAAAUGUCAGGAUCAUUAAGAGAGUUACAACCUAAAGCAAUGAGCAACGCUCCCCCUAAAGCACCUUCUCCUGUGAAAGAGCUCUUGAAGGAUUUCAUCAAAGAACGAGAAAUAAAGAAAACCCUGUUCUUUGACGUGAAUGCGUGGAAGUCUAAAGUUAAUGAUCCCCAUAAACCCACUCCGAUACCCGACCAAGAGUGUAAUAAACAAAACAAGAAAAUUAUCGAAUCCUUCAGCUCAUACGAUCCACCCAGACUCCCAGGUCAACAUUCCAAACCUUUAUCCUUCACUGAAAGUUUAAAAUCAGUUGACAACUACCAGCUACCCGCUCAUCUUCCUCAAAACUCCAACCAGCACAGUUUAUUAGCUGAACUUAACUCUAACGUAAGUCCAGAACCAGGGCACAAACCCACUAUCACCAUCCUUCAGGCUGGAUACCAGGCAUCUCCUGGCAAAGUGUCCUUACAGGAGACCGGCAGUAUUCUGUCCACUUCCAUGGAACUUUGUGAGACUUAUCCUGAAUCUACAGCUCCGAGAAUCAGCCAUGUUUCAUCACCGAGUGUCAGUCAAGUCAGUCCAAGUAUCAGCCACGUGACCUCCAGUAUCAGUCACGUGACUCCUUCUAUCAGUCACGUGACAUCUAACAUGAACAUGAGUCACGUUUCAUCAUCCAGUUUUAGCCACGAGAGUACCAUCAUGGCGCCUCCUUUGUUUUCCCUCGCUAGAUCCGUAUCCAGCAGUGAUAGUCAGAUAAGUUUAUUCAGUAAGACGAAUCUUGGAUCUACAGUUUUUCCUAAAACAGAAGACAAUUCUCAAACCAGCACUUCUUCCCCAUCAAGUGUAUCAAAUCACUGCAUACGAUUACCUGACAAAAACAUUUGUUCAAAACAUUGCCUCAACGAGUUCCUAAACUUCCAAUAUAACAACCUCAAAAUCAAAUCUGAGAUUAUUGACCCAGCACCUACUGUUACCAUUGUAAAAGUGGAGCCAGGUGAAGCAGUGGUCAAAAAGGAGAGUCCUUCUAGUAUCAGGUCUAAACGCAAAUCAGCUAUCAUUGCCUCGCAAAACUUGGUCGAGAAAGUUUACAAGGAUGAAGACCUGGACCAGGAUCCGGUAGAACGGAAGAACAAGAGGAAGUGUGACAGACCAACUAUCAUACAGUCCCCCGCUAAAACGCACACCUUCAAACAGAGCCCAACCAAAACUCCCAUAAGAAUGAGGUCAGUUCAGAGCAGCGCGGUUAAGUUAAGACUACAGAUCAGACAGGCCAAUAAUAGGACAUAUAUCAGAUGCAAACGAAAAGAGCGAGACCCUAGCGAGAAAACCUUCCCAGUUUUCAUCGUCGCCACAGAAGACGGAAUCUAUGUCGAAACGGAUGAUGCAGACGACGCGUGGACGAUUAUCAGCACUCUGCUACAGAGGAUACGAAAUGCUAAACACCAAUCUGUAUUACAUGGCCUCGCUAUGUGGACACUCGCACACGACUCAGUGGUCCACAUAAUAGAACAACUACCAAACACCCACCGACUAGAGGAGUAUAGUUUCCAUUUCCCUGAACACGGCCCCCAGCGCUCCCACAUGAGCCGGGUCCUGCCGGUACCUCCUGGAGGCUGUGCUAGAACACUUCCUGUCGUCAGGAAGUCUUACAUCGAUCAGUUCUCUUUUUUAAACCAUCCCAAUCGUAACAUAAAACCGCCGAGUAUUGAUGACAAUAAACUAGCUGUUGCUAUGGGAGACAGUGUUAAUCUUUAUAGCAGGAGGACGACCUCUCUAGGGGACCUGCCCAUGGCUAUGAGGUACCGCCACAUAAUGAGGACUGUCAAGGAGGUGCUCUGUGUAUGUCCUAGUCACAUCCACGGUAGAGGUCUCUACUGUAUGCAGGAUAUAUCUAUGGGAGAGAUGAUAAUAGAAUACAGCGGGACACUGAUCAGACCUGGUCUGUGUGACAUCAGAGAGAAGUACUAUGACAGCAAGGGUAUAGGGAGCUACAUGUUCAGGAUAGACCGUCAGGAAGUAGUAGACGCCACCAUGUCCGGCUCCAUGGCCCGGUUCAUUAACCACUGCUGCGACCCCAACUGUUACUCCCGGAUUAUCAACGUGGAGGGCAAGAAGAAGAUCAUUAUCUUCGCUGAAAGGAACAUUGUCAGGGGAGAAGAGCUCACUUAUGAUUAUAAGUUCCCCUCCGAAGAUGUGAAAAUUCCUUGCUUGUGUGGUACAGAGAAAUGUCGAAAGUGGAUGAAUUAGCCAAACAAAACGGGUUAAACUACGGAUCCAUUGACGGAUUAGCGACAGGUAUUGUCGCAGAGUGGACUCAGAAAACUACGUAUGGGACUUUAAGAUCUUUGCAUCUUCAGAAUGAACACGUGAUACAAGGGACGUCAGAGGAGCGUCUGUUCCGAAAAGUAUUUUUAAUAUAGACGAAAAGAUGAAAGGAACAUUUUUAUCUUUUGUAAAUAGUUAAUAAUCUUGAUAUUUGAUAAUAUAAUCAAUUUAUAUAGUUUUAGGUUGUUUCAUUAUUGACUGAGAGCGCAAAACUUUGUUUGUUGAAGUGAAAUUUGAUGGGGUGCUUACUACUUUGUCUUUCGGAAAUCAUUGCUAUUCCUUCAACCUUGUUUUUAAUGUUUAAAGCUUUUAAGUUAUUUCAGUUUUAACUUAUUGUUAAGUUAUUAUUGCGUUAUUUCUUUGAAAUAGCCGUUUAAUUGCGAUGAACCUUUAACGUUUCGAAUUUUUAUAGCUCACAUACAUUCUUCAAUUUCUUUCAUACGGCACAUAAUACUGUUCCCUUCUCAGCUCGUUUUUAGUUGUAUAAUGUUAGAAUUUUCAA